ACUCCCGCCUCCCCCUGAAGCCCGCGAAAACAAAUCUGACAAGGGAGCAGAAAUUGGCAGAACACCGGAAGACACAAGAGCGGAUAAACCGUGAAUAAACAGCAGUGAACAGCAUUUCCAAUCAUUAUGUCAGCAAGACGACCCUCCCGAGUGAUAAGACCACCAUCGUGGUUUACAGUGGGAUUUGAGAUCGAAGAAGGAGCAACUUCUUGCGAAGAAAGUGUGUAGGAGGAGUCGUCCACCAGAGUCCUUCAGGGACCUAGAGUGAGCAGCAAUGGGGAUGCUGGAGGUUCUGGUGAUGCUGUUAGAGACCGAAGCCGCUCACCACAACAGCAAAGAUGGAAGACUGAGGCAGAGCCUGAUGAUGGAGUCCCUCAACCACUGCGUUUCAACCCCAAACGCACCCCAGGUGCACAACCCCCUCUCAAUGCGGGAAACCCCUCACCAGGUGAUAUCUUUCGCCACUUUUUUGAUGCUGCAGUGAAGAAAAAGAUAAGAAAAAGGGCACAGAGGAUUAUGAACACCUCCAUCGUGUCAGACCUCUGAUGGAAAUGAUUCAACUAAACUGCAAGGCCAUCUACCAAGACAGCACCUUGCAGUUGAUGUGAGGAUGGUUGGGACCAAGGCCAGGCUCAGUAUCAAACAGUACAUGAAGGCCAAGCCAACAAAGUGGGGGCUGAAGUUCUUUGUGCUUGCUGGAUCAAAUGGCUACACCACCGACUUCAAGCUCUAUACUAGCAAGUCCAAGACGGCAUCAGGAGAGGGGCUCUCUUUUGAUGUUGUUGCGGGACUGAUCGAUAAAGGGAACCUGGGGUCUGGGUAUAUUGUCUACAUAGACAACUUUUACACCAGUCCCCUCCUCUACCGACACCUGAGCCAGCAGGGAUUCGGAGCUUGUGGGACAUGCAGGCAAGGACGAGUUGGUGUCCCAACCGUGCAAGAAAAUGCCCUCGCAAUGAAAUCUCCACGAGGUAGUAAUGGACACAAGAUUCUCCCUGUGCAGCGGUGGAAGACAGGUGAUGGGCCACACCAACUGAUCUCUAUCCCCAGACCCACCACGGUAACAGAGUACAACAGGCCCAUGGGGGGAGUGGACACCGCGGACCAGAUGAUUGGUACAGAUUCAGUCCACCGGAUAACAAGGAGAUGGUCCACCACUUUUUUCCAGCAUCUUGUGGAUAUUGCUGUGACCGACUCCUUCUUCAUACACAAGGAGUGUGCCAGCCUGCAUCAGGCGAGACCAAUGACCCGUCAACGCUUCCAGGAGGAGCUUUCUGCACACGUCCUUGGAGUUGACCUGAGAAAUGGCCCUAAGAAGACGAGUUAUAAACAUCUGCCUGUUCCUACAACCAGCAAACAGACUAAAGUUCAGCAGAGGAGCACUGCCUGGCAGUGUGAGGACUGUAAGGUGGGCCUGCGUCUGCAGCCAGACCGGAACAGUCACUGGCAGUACCAUCAGGGCCUCUAAAUUAAAAUGGUGGAGAAUUAGCCAAAAAACGCCUGUACAUAGUUCCCAGAAUAUGGCCUGUUUUUUUUGUUUGUUUUGUUUAUAGACCAAGAAUAAAAAAGAUAUAUAUUGUAAAUUGUUGUAUACUCUUCAAACUUUCAAAUGAACUUGCAAAAUCUGUUAUUCAUGUUAAAUUGCAGUGUUUUGCUUCACUAAAACUCUAAAAUCCAAA